AUGGAUACGCCUUGUUCCAUAUGCCAUGACUUUUGCGGUAUCGGCGACUUUUGGGAUCCCGCCACGGAAAUACGACAAGCGACUCGUAAUCAUAUUAGGCUUGGUCUCGCCUGGAGUGACCUCACAACAUCAGCUGAGUCCUGUGCAAACUGCGAGAUUCUGGUAGAAGGCUGCAAAGGCUGCUUUCGGCAGCAUGCCAUCUCACAAGACCAGAUCCUACACUGUCACCUCUCUUUCUACUACCAGAUUCAAGAUCAGGAUGACGACAAUUACCUCGAAGACGUAGAUAAAGAACUAUUUUUCCGUCUGAAGGACGGGUCUUGGUUCACUGUACAGAUAUUCUACAACGCAGAGGAAGAGGAUCCGCUGCUAGACAAUUGGGAGUCAUUCCCCGGCCUGUUUCGGACGUCACCUGGAACUGGCUCUGAUGAAGCUUUCGAGACCGCCAAGGAAUGGAUCGAAACAUGCGAAAGCAAGACCCACAGGCAUUGCCGGUCACCAAAAUGCCCAAUCUUGCCGAAAAGGGUUGUAGAUGUUGGGCUCCAAGACGGCCUAGUUCGAUUGGUUGAGCCCGAGGGUGCUACAGGAAAAUACUUUUGCUUGAGUCACUGUUGGGGUCCGAGCCAAAUCACAACUACAACAACGGCCAAUAUAAAGAAGCAUUUGCGCGAUAUACCCUUGGACUCUUUACCCAAGACAUUUCAGGAUGCAAUCCUGUUGACUAGGCGCUUUGGAAUCGGGUAUAUCUGGAUCGACUCGCUUUGCAUUGUACAAGACGACAAGAAUGAUUGGAAGAUUGAGUCUUCUAAAAUGGCAACUAUAUACCAGAACGCCCAUCUUACAAUUGCCGCAACCCUUUCGAGCAGCGGAGCUGGAGGACUUUACACGACUACACCGGAGUUUGAAGUGUCGGGAACCUCCCCGGCCGGCCAAGCGUACUCACUUUACUUUCGACAAAAGAUCGACCAUCAUUCAGAUAACGCUGGUGGUGUUACCGGGGGGCAAAAUAACCAGGCUGCUCUGAACCUGGGCAAUGUGGACGAUCGCCAGCCUAUAGGCCAUCCAACUAUCACUUAUCACCCAUUACUUACCCGUGCCUGGGUGUUUCAGGAGAGAAUGUUAUCGACGAGAGUGCUCCACUUCGGUCCAUAUGAGCUCUUCUUUGAAUGUCGCACGGAGAGUGAAUGCGAAUGCGGCGGGAUUCAAACUUGGGGCUCCUCAUACGGCAUCCCUGCUUCCUCAACAAAGUUAGCAUACAGUGAUGCUCUAUCAAAUCACAGAUUGCGCCAAAGGAUCUACACAACCGAGCGCGAAAUGGCUUGGAUCUCACGGAUUUGGAGAACCCUGGUGUCUUCAUAUAACUCGCUGAACAUAACAAUGCCGCUGGAUCGUUUGCCGGCUAUUGGCGGCCUAGCCAGGAGCAUGGCAUCGACAAAGGCAUCGCCAUACCGCGCUGGGCUGUGGGAAAGCUCGAUGAAUGAUGAUCUGUUGUGGGCUGUCGAAAACUCAGCCGGGCUCAAGCCACGACCGUGUCCCCGGAGUGCACCAACAUGGUCAUGGGCCAGUGUUAACACCCCUUCGUGGUAUUUCGAUGAGAUCAUAGUAUGGGAUCCGUACAUUGAGAUCAUCGAGAGUGAGAGCACGUACAAGGGAAAACAACCGAAUCAUCUAGUCGAAGUGGUGAGCUCUGAGGUUGUUCCAGAUGGACCCGAUGAGUUCGGUUUGAUAUCUCAGGGGAGCCUGAAGCUUUCUGGGGCGGUGGCUCAGGGUACGCUGGAGCGAGAUGUUCAAGUAUCUGGCAUGGAGCGCAAUUUCGUUUACUAUGUGUCACUGCCCGGACUCCGCAUGCCAAUGAAACCAGACUAUCUCUUCGAUCAUGAAGGGCCUGAUCAGGUUGUACCUGGCACAAAGGUCCUCUGUAUGCGAAUGAGCGCUGUUAUCGAGGGAUCUAGGGAGGUGUUGUUUUCGCUCGUCUUGAGGUCUUUGGCUGAGCCCGAUACUUUCGAACGAGUCGGGACGCUGUUUAUAGAAGCCAGACCUCCACCUGUGGAUGUGGACGGAGGCAUCUAUGACUCCGCAGGCGUGCGCACUGUGGUCAUUCGGUAA